AUGGACUCGGUAUUGGGAUUGUCUAGAUUCCCACUUUCACUUCCACGAUCAGACCUCUCGGGAGCAAUAAGUCCUUGGCAUAAUCUCAUCAAACAAAAACUUCUGAAGAAGAACAUUUACUCUCUCAAGCUUUCGAAAUCACCUUAUAGAGAUGGCGAAAUCAUGUUCGGUAAAGUGAAUUCUGAAUCGUUUGAGGGGGGAUUUACAAAUAUUCCCACGACGCACAAGACACACGAGGAAAUGCCUCUGAGACAAAUGCUUGGAAGCGGAUGGCAGAUUGACGCACACUCGGUUUCUUUUGGAUCUGGCCCAGAUGCUAUCAAUGCCGAUCUCUCAGGCUACACAGCUAUUGUCAUAACAGCCUUUCCGUGGAUCUCCUUUCCGGAAGCUCUUGCCGUACAAUUUCAGGACCGAUGCGGAGGGGAUUACGAUAAUUUGGGAGAGAUCCCAUGUGGGAAACGUGCUGAACUGCCGGACUUGAUCGUCAGGUUAGGUACAGGUCAUUCUAUCGUAAUUUCACCUUGGGAUUACGUUCUAGAAGGCGAUGCCGAGGGAGGCGGUACGCUGUGUUCUGUUCCGUUUGUACGGCACAAGGAAUCGGAUGACGAGCCAAAGUAUAUAAUCCUCGGAGCAGCUUUCUUAGCUGGUGUUUAUUCAGUUUUUGAUCAAGAUGAAGGAACUAUUUCGUUUGCUAAGUUGAAGGAGAGUAGGCUCGGAGAGCUUGGUGUAGCGGCUUAG